GGCAGUUCCUUUACAACCAUCGACGAAGAAAAACGCGCCGCGUAACCAGAACAUUGGCAUCCGCGGCCGUCUGUUUACGUUCCGAUAAGAUAGCAUACGAAGCACGAUUUCAGUGUUUUAAAUCCACGUGACGAUAAGCUAUAUACAGCUGUGCCAUUGGACGACGAACAUCCACACUUUCGCGUAGAACUUACACAUACUCCUCUCUAUAUUAUUUUUUUGGUCUUCUUGUCGACACAGAAACACGCGCGCUCAUGAGCCGCUAGUUUACUCAUUUAUUUUGUAGAGAGAAGUUCACGAAAUGUCCAAGUUCGCAGCGUUCGUGAAGAACGCGUUCACAAAACAUCCAGUUAUUGCGAACUCCGUCAUCUAUGGUACCCUUUAUCUUGGAGCUGAGAUGUCUCAGCAGGUGAUGACGAAGAAAGUUCUCACUGAUAAACCAGAACCGAUGGACAUGCCCACCUUGGCGAGAUAUGGAUUUUAUGGUACUAUUAUUCAAGGACCGCUGUUAACCUUCUGGUACAAAUGGUUAGAUGCGAAAUUUGUUGGUACUGGUCUAAAAUUGGUUGCGAAGAAAUUGAUGGUAGAUCAAUUUGUGAGCGUUCCGCCACUCCUAUUAAUUUUCUUUGUUUCUAUGAGUAUUAUGGAGAGAAAGCCAAAUGUUUUGGAAGAAUUCCAAAGCAAAUUCAAGCAAACUUUUGUGAACAGUUGCAUGUUCUGGAUGCCGGUGCAGGCCAUCAACUUCACCUUCGUUCCAGCAGCUUUUAGGGUCGUCUACAUUGGCACGGCGAGUUUCGCUUGGGUCAACAUUCUUUGCUACAUCAAGAGGCAGCAAUAUUAAGCAGUUAUUAUUGUAUUGGAAUUUAGUCGAAUUUAGUUAGUAAGCUCAAAUGAAAGACAAAACAAUUAAUUAACGCAUGUUUUCACUCUCGAAGUGAAAAAUUUGAAUUGCUUUCAAUUACUGCGUGGAUGAUAUAUAUUUUUUAUUAUAGAAAACACAUUUUUAAAUUUUAAAUGGCAAAUGCCGAUUGAGAGGUUUUUCUUAACUAUAAUAAUACUUUUGGUGUGCACAAAUGUUCUGUAGACUUCUAGUUUAUUCAAAUUCUAUGAAGGGAUAAAUUACAAUAAAAAUAUCUGUGAUAUGUACUAUAGCAGCAUACUUUCAGUAUGUUCAAUUUCCGAAUGCUUCCCAGGGACGGUUCCUUUGUAUGUCUUUAUUUCUUGAGAUUAUACAAAUUUUUGCAGAAGAAAUUCGUUUUCUUCAAUUUGGAUUAGACAUUGUU